AUGGUUUCUUGCAGGAGGCUGAUUUUGAAAUAUGCUUUAUUUAAACCCUUGAGAGCUCUGUUUGCUUUAUUUGUAAUAGUCGUAUUCCUCGUGAUUAUUCUUACUGGAGAUCCUGAUUUAGAUCGUUACAAGAUCAAGAAAUUUCAACGGGAUGAGAAGGCAGUUGACAAAGGGACGUUUGAAUCAAAACUCAAGGAACUUGAACCGCAAAAAGACCAAACUGAUAAUACAAAACCACCUAAAACGAGCAGUUUUCUAUUCAUUAUGAUACUUACUUCACCCAAAGGGACAGAACGAAGAGAUGCUAUCCGAAAUACGUGGCUUAAACUGGACAAUUCAGGACAGUACAUGGCAAAAUUCAUCAUUGGAGGAAAGUCUCUCACAAGAUCAGAACGUGGUAUGCUUGAAGCAGAAAACGACAAUUAUGAAGAUUUAGUAAUCAUUCCAGACAUGAAAGAUGGCUAUCAUGAACUGACAAAUAAAGUCUUACAAGGUUUCAGAUGGAUUGAUCAACAUAUAGAUUGUUCAUAUGUGCUCAAGGCAGAUGAUGACUCUUUUGUGAGGUUAGAUGCUGUACUCUCAGAACUGGAAGGACAGACUGAAGAGGCAAAGGAUCCACUUUAUUGGGGAUUUUUUAGAGGAAAUGCUAACGUCAAGCGUAGAGGUCAAUGGGCAGAGAAGAAAUGGGUGUUAUGUGACCACUAUCUACCUUACGCUAAUGGUGGCGGCUAUAUAUUGUCUAGUAAAUUAAUUAAUUUCAUUAGCAAGAACUGGGAGUUUUUCCAGUUAUACAAUAGUGAAGAUGUCUCUGUAGGUACAUGGCUGGCACCACUAAAAGUGCAUCGCCUUCAUGACACACGCUUUGACACAGAGUACCGUUCACGUGGUUGUAACAAUCUCCACAUUGUGAGCCACAAACAGAGUAUUCAGGAUAUGUAUAGUAAAUAUGAGAGUUUACAAAAAACUGGCAAGCUAUGUGAGGAGGAAGAGGAAAUCCGUAACUCUUUUGAGUAUGACUGGAAGGUCCCUCCUUCACAGUGCUGUAAACGACAGUCUGGACUUCCAUAGCUUAAGAUUUCUAUCGAUAAAGUCAAUAGAAGUCAAAAGCAGCUAGAAAAUGUACUGCAGGCCUAAAGUAAUGGCUGGACAUCAGACAAGGUCUGGCCAGAAAUGGGACUCGUCCAGUCAAAUCUUUGUAUUACCACUCAUUUUGACCAGUAACUUUUAGCCAGAAAUGAGGUAUGCUAGAUGUAAAAUUAAUUUGGCCCGUGAUUAUGGCUAGCGACUGAUCAACCUUUAUUUUAAGUCCUCACUGUUGAUAACAUAUAGAGGAUGGAAAAUAACAAAGUUAGAAUGGGCAUGACAUAUACAUCAAUGGAAUUUUUUUUCCCCUUUCGCUUGUGCAUAUUGAUUUUUCAUUUCACUUGCCAGGACAUCUUUUCCCAUUUCAGGCCAAUGUUAUUCCUUUGAUAAUAAAAUUUUUUUCCUAAUCAUUACUAGCACAGAAAGAAAUAACACUAAAGGGAAUGAUAAGAAUUACACUAUAGAUUUAAAAUAGUGAAAAAUAGAUUAUAACAAUUGUCUCCAUGGGCAAAAUAUAAUAUCAUUCAAUUAUAUUAAGAGAGUACAGACUCAAAAGGGACAUUUCACUAUUAAUAUUUUCGAAAACUUUCAAAUAUAAAUUUUAUUUAAGAAUUUAAGAAUGUUGCUCACGUAUAAUAAUAUUAUCCAGUCUAAUUUAUAAGCAAUACCUUUUACUAAGCAACAU